AUGGCUGUCGUCACUUCCUUCGUAAAAUGGCUCGAGCUCAAGAAGUACCAGCUCGAAGUCACGUUCAGCGUUUACAUCUAUACGCCAAUUGAAAAGUUCAUCUUCUGGUCCUUUGUUUUCCUCCUCGCCGGUCUUACCGUUAUCACCAUGGUCCUCUACCUUCCCCACCACAUCAUCUUCCUAAUUAACCGCGCGUGCUUUUAUGCCCGCGGCGACUCUGUUGAUGUUCUCGAGAUGACCAAGGAGGCCUUGGCUCAAGGCGCGCUCAACCCAGGGGUGGCGGAUACGGCGACCACGACGAUCGCAUCGGCGGUAGAAGCAGCAACGGAAAUGGUCCGAGAUCUAUAA